AUGGGUUCCUUUUGUCCACAGAAUGAGUACUAUGAGUUUGGGUCCGCUUCAACGAUCUCUGGAGCACUUCCAGUUCACGGAGGUCUCCAAGAAUAUAUUCUGAGGCGCUUCCGACAGAGCGACCAGUGGCCCAGUCUCCAGCACCCCGUCGCGGUUCUACGCCGCAUCGAGGUCGACUUGUUGAUCAUUCCACCAACGAUGAAAUGGGUUCCCACAGAUGCAGCAGUAGACCUUCCUGAUAGUUGA